AUGGUCGAGUUCACAGGCCUAAAACACAGGGAAACAGUACCACGGGACUGCAGGGAGGCGGAGAGCGAGGAUGCCUCUCAGCGGAAUGAGAGGGAGACGAACGUGCGUACAUGCGAGGAGGAGAGGAUCGCCGAGGAGGAGAAGAUCGCCCGCCCGUACGCGGGGGUGAAGAACGCUCUUCGGCAGCGGCUAGCGGAGUGGGAGACGCACCCCGUCAGUAGCCCUGAGAAGCAUCCAUCCCAGUUGACCAUAGCACAGGUCUGCUUCGGAGCGGGGGAAGCAUCUCCUGAGACAUCCAGCGGACACCAUAAACACAAAUUGACCAAUUGCAAGAGCUUCAUGAAGGAAAAUGUCGAAUGUAGAAGACAUUUUGCGCAGACACAACGUUUGUGUUUUAAUUGUCUCAGUCCUGAGCAUUCAGUGUACAUGUGUACGGUGUCAACCUCUUGCCGCUUAUGCAAAAAACGACACCACACCUUAUUACAUCCCAAAACACUACAACCAAGCAAAUUGGAGCCUCCUGAAGGUAAAAAGGUUGCUGCUGUUGUUACUGACAUGCCAGCCUCAUUCAUGGAGAAUGAAGAAUCCGAAACGGAAGAUGUUGAAACACAUGAAGUAGUGACUACGUGCUUUGCUAGUUCACGUAGUACUGUCCUACUAGCUACUGCUUUAGUUAGUGCUAAGGCACUUUCACACACGAGCAGUUCGGCUAACGUCCUGAGAGCUCUUAUAGAUCAGGGUUCUCAGGCGUCGUUUAUUACGGAAGCAGCGGCUCAGUUACUGGGUCUGCGAAAAAGUACAGAAUGUGUUAAAGUUUCAGGGUUGGGAGGUUCAAGGGCUUUAGAGUCGAAAUCAUCAGUAAAAAUUCAAAUCGCUUCUAGAGCUGACCCUUCUUUCCUUCUGACAGUCAAGGCGCAUGUUCUAAGCAAACUCACCACGUUGUUGCCUAGUAACAAGGUCACAGUCAGUUAUGACCAAAUGCAGGUAUUGCCUACUCUUGAGCUAGCUGAUCCAUCCUAUAACUGUCCCGGCGCAAUUGAUUUGCUGCUGGGUGCAGAGGUCCACAGUCAAAUUAUUAUGGAAGGUUUGGUUCAAGGUGCUAACGGAAAUUUCAUCGCCCAAAAAACUAGAUUUGGUUGGAUGUUAUCCGGACUGGUGGAAGACACAUCCUCUCAUGAGAAUCAGCAUUUCAAAUGUCAUACAACUAUGAUCAAUAGUUUUGAAGAGGACGGGUUAUUAAAAAAAUUCUGGGAGCUAGAAUCAGAACCUGUGUUGUCGAAGAAACUGUUGACUCGGGAAGAACAGGCUUGUGAAGAGUUAUUUGCCGAAACAACCAGGAGAGAUGAAACUGGAAGAUACGUAGUAAAACUUCCAUUUAAACAUGAAAAUCCCGCAUCAAAACACAGUGGGUCGUAUGACAUAGCGCGUAGACGGCUUUUCGCGCUAGAAAAGCGAUUGUCAAGCAACCCUGUGCUCAAAGUAGAAUACUCUAACGUAAUCAACGAGUAUCUAACUAUGAAGCACAUGGAGGUCUGUACAGACAACAAUAAAUCAGACGCGGUGUAUCUUCCUCACCACGCCGUGAUUCGCGAGGACAAGAGUACUACAAAGGUGCGUGUGGUAUUCGACGCUUCCUGCAAAGGAUUCAACGGAGCCUCCUUAAAUGGCGAUCUCAUGAUCGGUCCAACAUUACAGCCAGAGUUACGACAUUUAGUGAUGAGAUGGCGCUGCUAUCCCAUCUCGCUAGUCGCUGACAUCGCCAAAAUGUACCGACAGGUCGCUGUGGCGUAUGAAGAUACUGAUUUUCAACGCAUUCUUUGGCGUGAGAACCCGGAGGAAGAGAUACAGCACUUAAGAUUGUUACGUGUCACUUUUGGAACAGCAUCAGCACCUUAUCUGGCUGUUCGUGCUUUGCAACAAGUGGCACACGAUGAAGGUGCUGAGUUUCCACUGGCAAAAGAUAGAGUGCUCACUGAUUUUUACGUAGACGAUUUCAUGAGUGGCUGUCAUUCCGUCGCGGAAGGUGUUCUAGUCUUCGAGCAAACAACUGAGUUGCUCAGCCGUGCUGGAUUUCCUUUGCAAAAGUGGGCAAGUAACAACAAGGAGUUACUUCAAACAAUUAGUAGCAAAGGUCAAGAUGAACUUAAUCAAAAUUUAGAGCUCAAAAUUGACGACAUCAUGAAGGUUCUUGGUCUUACGUGGGAUAAAGAAACUGAUGAAUUUAGAUUCAAAGUUAACUUACCUUCGUUAUCAGAGGCUCCCAUAACAAAAAGAAAGCUCAUCGCAGAACAAUGCAUGGAGGACCUCAACUAG